AUGCUACCGGGCCUAACCGACGAACAAUGUUUCAGAAGGCUGAAGGAGAUGGAAGAAACCGUCAUGAGCCUCACAAACGCCGAAACUCCUAGCCAAGCCAUGGACCGAUACGCAAUCGUGAGACCGCGUGCUCGGCUACAAAAACUAACGGUACGUAUCCAAAAGCUGAAAGAAAGGUACAUUGCGGGAACACCGAAGGCAAACUUACAGCUCUUGGUGUUGGAUAAGCUCGAGAUAAAGAGAGGAGAACUCAAUGAAGAAAUUGAGCAGAUUGACGCGGUGCACAUACAGCGAGAAAAACCGCAUUCUCCAGCUCAUGAAACCGAUGACGGUCAGAAUCAUAGUGCAACACCUCCUCUGGCGGAUCCGGUAAUAAACGAAACCGACGAAAGGGCAGGGACUCCUCUCACCGGGCAACUUGAAACUGAUCAACCUGGGGUUUCAGAACCGGGCGUCACAGAAGAAAGGGUCAAGGAGACAAAAGUCAAGAAAGUCGUGCGCCAAACACUCUUGCUCGCCAAAAAGACAAGGGAUGAUCUCGUAAAGGCACAUGACCGGAUCACAGCCAUCGAAGCUGACUACCGGGACGAAACGGUCUUGCGCAACAAUCAUCUUCGGCGAACCGAGGAAUUGGACGAAAAGACCUCAGGGAUAGUGGAUGACUUAGAUCGGCUUGAAAGGGAAACCGAGCAACGACUCACAGAGGUCACUGAGGACCUAGUCAGCUCGACACUUGACAGGGUCAAAGAUCUGGAAAAGAAGAAUGUGAGCCUUGAGGACCGCAACGACAAGCUUGAAGCCGAUCUUAAGGCGCUAACCGAACAUGUGGCUGAGCUGAUAAAUGCCAAGAUCAAUGCUGACAUAGCGGUUGAAGAAGCCAACGCCAGAGCGGCUAAGGAAGUUCAGGAUACGCUGGACGAAGAAGCGCGGAGGGCAAAGGAGGCACCGCGACUAUCUGAAGAGGAAAUAGCCGAGCGCGAACGAAUCACAGAGACUAAGUAUCCAGGACUUGCAAGGUCCAUAGCCGCUCAAGCUGCGGAGGACGCAAAGCGGUUAAAUACUGAAAGACAAAGACUUGAUAAAUUUGCAACCGCUCACAAGAAGAAAAAGGCAGCUUCUUCCUCUUCGGUUCCGGCAAAACGAAAACGGAAAAUAUCAAAGAAGGCUCAGGUAGCCGGGCUGCUGGAAAGGAUCACCGAAACGGUUAUUGACACUGAACCGAACCCAGGUAUGCACUUCGAGGAUGAAGACGAAGAGCAUCUGGAGCAGCGUUCCACAAGACAACGAGUUUUACAAGUGGUUCCAAUCAGCACGGGUAGUCAACCGCAAGCUGAAGGUUCAUCGUCAAGACCGACUGAAGAAGAACCGAUCGAUGAUAUGAUGGACGGCUUCAGAUUCUCCGAAUCAGAAUAG